AAGGGAAGGCCGGAGGCGGAGAAAGCGGAAGCAGCGAAGACUGAGAAGAGAGUGAGGAGUGAAGAGGAGAACACAGCACAUCACAAGAACAGGACUUGUGAACUGAAGACCAGAGCAUGGAGAUUACGGAAGAAGUGAGAGCCAUGAUCGAGGGCGAUGAAGCGGUGGAACAACGACUGAGAGAGGGAAUCGGGAGCGAGGAGCCGGUGGAGGAAGGGAACGGCGAAAACCAAUGCAAGCAAUCGGCGGAAGAGCGGCAGGUAGAAGACGGAAUCCAGAGAGAGGAAUUGGCGGAGGAAGUGGAGAUGAACAACAGGUAUGAGAGCAAUGGAGUGGUCGAACAAGUGAGGAGCGGAAUCGAGGGUACUGAAUCGAUUGAUGAAAAGAUUAAUAACGGGAAGAAGAGCCAUGGAGUUGUAAAUGAAGUGAGAAGCGUAGUCGAGGGCGAGGAAUCUGUGGAAGAAGAGAUUAACGGUAACGAGAGCAAUGGAGUGGGAGAGGAAGUGAGAGAUAGAACGGAGAGCGACGAAUCAGUGGAAAGACCGGUGGAAAGAAUGGAGACGGAUGAAGCUAUGGAAGAAGGCGACAAGGAGAGAAUGAAGGCUGAUAGAGAGGCAGAAGAAGAUAAAGGCAGAAUGAAGAGCAGUGGACUGGAGGAAGAGGAGAAGGAAAGAAUCGGCUCCGCGGAAUUGGCAGAAGACAAUGAGGAGAGAAUUGUGAUCGGCGAAGCAGUGGAUGGAGAGAGAGGCCAAAGGGAAAGCAACGAAUUGGUGGAAGAAGAGAGGGGGAGAGUCGAGUCUGCGGAACUGGUGGAAGAAGAAAAGGGAAGAAUGGAGACCGAUGAAGUGGUGGCAGAAAUGGAGAACAACGAGUUGGAAGCUGUGCAAGAUGAAAGGACGGAAAGAAUCGAGCCCCAUGAACCGGUGCAGGAAGAAAGGAGGGAAAGAGUCGAGCAGGAUGAAUCCAUGGAAGAGUUGAGGGACAAGGUGGAGGGUGAGGUAAUGGUGCAACAAGAAAGAGUAAUGGAAGCUAAGAUUGAACCGCGGGAAGAAGAGGAAGAAGAAGGUCUGCAAUUGGGAUCUUUAGUUGCACCACUGCCUCAAUCAACAAACCCGCCAUUGUCUACAAUAGAGAUAGCUGUGAAGGAAGAAGAACAGGUGGAAGCAGUGGAGGAGAAGGUGAAGGAGGAGGAGCAGGACAAUGUCGAAGGAAUGGCGAUGGAGGAAGUGGCAAGGGUUGACAAUCAAACGGAACUGAAGGUGGAGCCACGAGAAGAAGAAGGGAAAGGGGGUCUGCCACCAGGAUUUGUUAUGGCACCACCCUUUCAAUCUGCCGAGUCGUCACUUUAUUUGACAAAAGUAACGGUGAAGGAAGAAGUAGUGGGGGAGGAAGACGUAAAGAUGAAAGUAGAGGAGGUGGACGGUGAUGAGGACGAUGAAGGUCUGCCUCCAGGGUAUCAACUGCCCCCCACACAGGCUGGUGUGCUACCACCUGCUGCGAAAUCAUUUUCACCACCACAACCACCAUUAUCACAGCACCUGCUGCCACCAGUGCCAGAGGCACCCCGGCCUCCUACUCGGCCUCCUGCUCCAGCUUAUGAGAUGGCUCAGAUGGUUUGUGGUUCUUGUCGGCGGUUACUUUCAUAUAUAAGAGGAGCCAGAUAUGUACAAUGCUCUUGUUGCCAGACCGUUAAUUUUGUAUUAGAAGAGCACCAGGUUGGACAGGUCAAGUGCAGCAGUUGUGCAGUUUUGCUUAUGUACCCAUAUGGUGCUCCAUCAGUUAAAUGUUCCUCCUGCCAUUUUGUGACAGAAAUUGGGGAUCACAAUAAGAGACCUCGAUGGUCCGUUCAACAGGGGCGAGCUCCUCCACCUUCCGGUACUGUUGCUUGAAGUGCAUCCAUCAAUUGGCACAUUUGUAGGUGCUGCACCACAAUUGCCUUGUACAUCUUUAUCUACAAACUGAGGGAUGUAAGGUAAAAUAGGAGCAACUGAGAAAUGAUAGAUCCCUAUAUAUAAUCAGCCAGCCGAAAUGCAGUGUUUCUGCUAAUUAAUUACCAUCUUCACCAAGAUCUUAUCUUCGGUUUAUGAUGAAUAGGUCCCUUUCCUUCUCGAUUAAUGCUAACCUCCUCUCUGUUCCAUUAUACAUGAAGAGUAUUUCUCAUCGGACUGGAAAAUAGAAAUUAUCUGCUAUAAGAUUGGUUUUGAUAUCAAUGAAUAAGAAAAGAUGAAAAAUGUUAUUGAU